AUGAAGCUCGUGCGCUUCCUCAUGAAGCUGAACAACGAGACGGUGACCAUCGAGCUCAAGAACGGGACCGUGGUCCAGGGGACGAUCAGCGGCGUCGACAUCUCCAUGAACACCUUCCUCAAGAACGCGAGCCUCACGCCCAAGGGCAAGAACGGCGUCAAGUACGACACGCUGUCCGUCCGGGGGAGCAACGUGCGCUACUACAUCCUCCCCGACUCGCUCAACCUCGACACGCUCCUCAUCGACGACACGCCCAAGCAGAAGGUCAAGGCCGCCGGCGCCGCGCGCUCCGUCGGGCGCGGCCGGGGGCGCGGCCGCGGCCGCGGCCGCGGCCGCGGCAGGUGA